AAGUAUUUAGAUUAUCAAAAGAAUAAUCUUGUUCUGUUGUUGCUAACAACUCGAAAACAUAUGCACUUGCUUAAGGAGAUACUAAGUUCACUUCUGUUUGGGUACACAUUUAAUUUCUGACAAUCACCAGAAGACAGAAUCCGCGUACAAAAUGUCUACUUCAUGUUUUUGCAUUUCUCCCUCUCUGCCUCUUCUCUUCAUUCCGCUGAAGCAAUGUUAGCUCCCUCUCUCCCCACCAACAUCCCUUCUCACCUUGGUCUUAGGCUUCUCAGGGCAGCUUUAAAUGUCCGAGAUUUCAAGCGUGCCCACCAACUGUUUGACAGUAUUCUUCAACCAGAUCCCACAACUUGUUCAACUCUAAUUUCAGCUUUAACCGCUCAUGGACUUCCAAAUGAGGCCAUAAAUAUCUACGCUUCAUUGCGGUCACGUGGGAUCAAUCCCCACAACCAAGUAUUCUUGGCUGUUGCCAAAGCUUGUGCUGCUUCUGGUGAUGCCUUGAGAGUCAAGGAAGUUCAUGAUGAUGCGGCUCGGUGUGGGGUGAUGUCUGAUGUUUUCGUUGCCAAUGCAUUGAUUCAUGCAUAUGGUAAAUGUAAAUGCGUCGAGGGUGCGAGACGUGUUUUUGAUGAUUUGGUUGUUAGAGAUGUGGUUACUUGGACCUCGUUGUCCUCUUGCUAUGUUAAUUGUGGAUUUCCGCGGAAGGGUCUGAAUGUUUUUCGUGAAAUGGGAUGGAAUGGGGUGAAACCGAAUCCGGUGACUGUGUCUAGCAUUUUACCUGCUUGCUCGGAAUUGAAAGAUUUGAAAUCGGGUAAAGCAAUUCAUGGAUUUGCAGUGAGACAUGGGAUGAUAGAAAGUGUGUUUGUUUGCAGUGCACUUGUGAGCUUGUAUGCAAAAUGUCUGAGUGUAAGAGAAGCUCGAGCGGUAUUUGAUUUAAUGCCUCGUCGAGAUGUUGUGUCUUGGAAUGGAGUUUUAACAGCAUAUUUCACAAACAAAGAAUAUGAGAAGGGUUUCUCCCUGUUUUCGCGGAUGAGCAGAGAUGGAGUCAAAGCAGAUGAAGCUACAUGGAAUGCUGUUAUUGGUGGAUGCAUGGAGAAUGGACGAACAGAGGAGGCAGUGGAGAUGCUUAGGAAGAUGCAAAAAAUGGGAUUUAAACCUAAUGAAAUAACAAUUAGUAGUAUCUUACCAGCUUGCUCUUUUUCAGAAAGCUUGAGAAUGGGUAAGGAGAUACACUGCUAUGUUUUCAGGCAUUGGAAAGUUGGAGACUUGACAAGCACAACAGCUCUAUUAUAUAUGUAUGCUAAAUGCGGCGACUUGAAUCUUUCAAGGAAUGUCUUCAAUAUGAUGCGUAGGAAAGAUGUUGUUGCUUGGAACACAAUGAUCAUUGCGAAUGCGAUGCACGGGAAUGGAAAAGAAGUACUUCUUCUCUUUGAUAAGAUGCUACUAUCAAGGAUCAAGCCCAAUUCUGUUACUUUUACCGGUGUUCUAUCUGGUUGUAGCCAUUCAAGGCUAGUAGAGGAAGGAAUUCAAAUAUUCAAUUCAAUGAGUAGGGAUCAUCUUGUAGAACCCGAUGCUAAUCACUAUUCAUGUGUGGUUGAUAUCUAUAGCCGUGCUGGUCGCCUCAACGAGGCAUACAAGUUUAUACAGAGAAUGCCUAUGGAACCAACUGCUAGUGCUUGGGGAGCACUCCUUGGUGCUUGUAGGGUUUAUAAGAAUGUGGAGUUGGCGAAAAUUUCAGCUAAGAAACUAUUUGAGAUUGAGCCUAACAACCCUGGAAACUAUGUUUCUUUAUUCAACAUUCUUGUUACUGCCAAAUUAUGGAGUGAAGCUUCAAAAAUCAGAAUAUUGAUGAAAGAAAGAGGAAUUGCAAAAACACCAGGAUGUAGUUGGCUUCAAGUGGGAAAUAGAGUUCACACUUUUGUUGUUGGAGACAAAAGUAAUAUGGAAAGUGAUAAAAUCUAUAACUUUUUGGAUGAGUUGGUAGAGAAAAUGAAAAUGGCUGGAUACAAGCCCGACACUGAUUAUGUUCUGCAAGAUAUUGAUCAAGAGGAAAAAGCUGAAAGUCUUUGUAACCAUAGUGAGAAGCUUGCUGUUGCUUUUGGGAUACUUAAUUUGAAUGGACAGUCAACAAUACGGGUUUUUAAGAAUUUGAGAAUAUGUGGUGAUUGUCACAAUGCCAUUAAGUAUAUGUCUAAGGUUGUUGGUAUUGUGAUUGUUGUCAGAGACUCCUUGAGGUUUCAUCACUUCAAAAAUGGAAAUUGUUCUUGUAAAGACUUAUGGUGAUUAUUUGAAUCAGACUAUUUGGAUGAAGUGGUGACAAUGAUUCUAUCUGAGUCCGUCUAACUCAAAUUUCAUUAGACUGUUUGACUACGUGUACAAUAGGAAAAUACAACUCCAGGGAUUAUAGAAAAUCGGAGACAUUAUCAAGUAAUAUUAUUGGAUUUGAGUUCAAAACUUCGUGAUUCUCAGCAAUCAAAACAUAUUUCUCUCAAGAAAAUCUCUUGGAAGAGGAAUAGAUUCUCUCCAUACUCUUCCACCCUUUUCGUUUUUGAGGUCUAAAUUUCACAUGGCUAUAAUGUCAAUGGAGAGAAUCCAUUCUUGGCAGGAUUACAGGCACUGUGCAUUCAAACAGGGUUAACUUAUUAUUAUUAUUACUAUUUGUUGAGAUAUGUGUGAUAAAUAUAAUAAUUGAUAAAUGUGGAUUCAGAGAAAUGUAUCUCUCAAAUGAUGGAAAGAAAAGUUUCAACAGAACAUCAACUGUGGUUUAUGGCUGCUGCUGCAUCAGUAGCUGCUGAUUUAUUGGCUUCUGUCGUUAGAAACAGAACAUUGCAAUUACUAUCCACCCUUCUGAGUUCUGAUACAUGGCUUUAUUGCUGGCCGGAUCACAAAAAUAUGCAGGAUCGGUUAUUUGAAAAAUCACCUCUAACUGACCAAGCAAGAAUUUAUCCACUAUUGAUCUAAUUUAAAACAUCAUUUACAAUGCUUGAGGUUGAGGUUGCUUUGUGGUGUGGCAAGGAGGAGUCGACACUGUUCAUUUACCCUAAAGCUGUUUGAUAAAAUGUUUCUUCAAGUUGUUUGAGGAAUUGCGCGAAAGUUACUGUUGGUGAUGGUACUUUCAGUUCCAGUCUUUGUAUCAUUUCUUUUCGCAACUUUCAUGGAUUGAAUAAUGGAUUUGAAGAUUUCGUGGAGCCAGCCACCCGUGAUCAUUUGGAAUUUAUUCUUUAAAAGUUUUUUGACAAAAGUGUUUAAGGAAAUGAUAUUGUGAGUCUGAUUUGUCCUCACGAAAGUUACUUGUUAUUGAUGUUCAUGUUGCUGCUCCAUAUAUACAUGUUGUUGCAUGUGCCUUUUCGUUGCGUUUGAAUAUAUUUUACUCCCACAAUUAUUUUAAGAGAGAGGGAGUAAUUAUUUUGUUGCUUCCAAUUAGGUACAAAUUGUAAUACUGCCACGUAUAUAUUAUAAAAAAUGUGCACCAAUUUCUGUGAAGUAUUAUAGUUUAUAGGUUUGGGUCGA